GAGAGUGGAAGCUCCGUGCGGCGGGUUCCCCUGGCGGCUGGCGAAGCCGCUGGUCGCGAGCAUGGCGCUGAGCUCGGCGAUGCCGGCCCGCGGGCUGCACGCGACGUGCCUGGCGGUGAUGGUGCUGUCCGGGGUGCACCUGGCCGUGACUCUGCUCUACUACCUGGACAUGCACGUCUACAGCGGGCGGAUGGUGCGGCGCUUCGGCAGCUUCCUGGUGGUGGACGGGGUCGGGGUCGGCACCGCGGAGGGCCCACUCGCCAACAACACCAACAGCAGCAGCAGCAGCGUCGAGGACCACACUCCCCGGGGUCCGCCGCCAUCGCCGUUACAGCCGUGCCCGGAUACCCCGCCGCACCUCGUGGGACCACUUUCAAUAGAAUUUUCUCAGACUGUUGAUCUGGAAGAUGUGAAAAAUACUAAUUCAUUGUUAAGGGAAGGAGGCAGAUUUACUCCAGUCGAGUGUACAGCUCUCCAGAAAGUUGCCAUCAUCAUUCCUUUUCGUAAUCGAUUUGAGCAUUUGAAAUAUUGGUUGUAUUUCUUGCAUCCAAUUCUUCAGCGGCAGCAACUGGAUUAUGGGGUGUAUGUCAUUAACCAGCAUGGUGAAGACACUUUUAAUCGUGCCAAACUUCUCAACGUAGGUUUUAUAGAAGCUUUGAAAGAAUACGACUACAACUGCUUUGUAUUCAGUGAUGUCGAUUUGAUUCCCAUGGAUGAUCGAAAUAUAUACAGGUGUUACAGCCAACCAAGGCACCUGGCUGUAUCAAUGGAUAAAUUUGGUUUUAGGUUACCCUAUAAUCAGUACUUUGGAGGAAUAUCAGCUUUAAGUAGAGAACAGCAUGAAAAAAUUAAUGGGUUCCCAAAUGAUUACUGGGGCUGGGGAGGAGAAGAUGAUGACAUCUACAACAGGAUAAUUUUCAAAGGCAUGAGGAUUUCACGUCCAGAUGGCGGCAUCGGGAAAUGCCGUAUGAUCAAACAUAACAGAGAUAGAAAUAAUGCACCUAACCCUCAGAGGUUUAACAGAAUUUCUAAAACAAGACAGACAAUGCAGCAUGAUGGUUUAAAUUCACUCAAGUAUAAAGUGUUAGAGGUCAAGAAAUAUCCUUUAUACACCUUUAUUGAUGUGGAUGUCGGUGGGCCUGGAAGACAACCUUCAGGAUAAGUGGUGAAGAACUCAGUUCUUAAAUUGAAGAGCCUUUCCCUUCAUGCUGUCUACCAUAUGUGCCUUAUUAAUUUACUUUUGUGUGCUACGUUUUCUCCUUGUUUAUCAGAGAUCAAGUUGAACUCAAAUUGCCACUCAGAUUUCAUCAUGUAAACUCCAGAAACUUGAACAUUGCGUUGAGUGGACAAUUUCAGAAUUACGCUGUUAUUUCAAAAAACACUUUUGAAGUCUGAAUGGAAGAAUUAUCCUCCAUUAUGUUUUCUAAACCAUGUAUGAUUUUCAGGCUCUCGGGAACACACUGUUACUGUUCUAAAUAUGUUGCUUUUUCAGUCAGUCAUCAGCUGAGGUGUGUGCUUUUAUUUCACUUCAGAUUGCAUUUGAAACGUGCGUAAUUUGUGUGCCCACACUGAUUUCUGAGAAUGUGAUAUCUGAAAUGUGAUAUGGAUUCAGCAAAGGCAAGCUGUCUAGUUGCCAAUGAAUUGCAUUUCACUGUUAGACUGAUUUUGGCUAAGAUGGUUGAAGUUUCUCCAAACAACAUAAAAUUUGAAGAAUAAUGUCCCAGCAGAAUUCAGCUAUACAUUGUGAAUUCGCAUGUUGUGGAAAUGACUUCAGCUCACUGGGGAUCCUGACUACGGAGUUAACAACUAGAUUAUGUUGCCAGUUUGUCUUUUUGCAAUUUUUCACAAAAAGUGUGAUCCUUGUAAGACCAUAAGAUAUAGGAGCAGCAUUAGAUCAUUUGGCCCACUGGGUCUGCUCCUCCAUUCAGUGGUCCCAUUUAUUGCCCAUCCUUCAUUCUUGGAAACAGCAUUACUGCAAAUACAUGUUGCUAUUGAUUAGGACAUUCAGGACACUAACCUAAUGAAGAUGAAAUUAUGGUAAUAUAUCCAUGUAUGGAAUAUGAAUUGAAAAUGAUUGUUUCUUUGACCUUCAGUUUUGAAGUUGAUUUCACCUAAAUUUGUUUUGCAUCGAUAUGAAAAUGUUUCCUUGCCUUAAUAUGUUUGGUAAUCAAAUGGAAAGGUGUUUCUCCUCUGAGUUUGAAGGUAUUGAAGGUAAUUCCUCUGUCUGCAAACAAUAUGUCUCAAAAACUAACAGAAUUUCAUCAAAACUUGGUAUGCAAAUAGGGCAUCUCAGGAGGAAGUGGUUAAUUUUUGGCAAACGUGGGUUUGGGAUCCGGUAUUUUAGUGAAAAUGACAGUUAAAUUUGGAAGAAGCAGCGUGUUUUAUAAUAGAAUAUUAUUUCCUGUUUUUGCAAGUUAUAGAUUGUCACAACAGUCAAAAUAUGAGAGCAUGUGAAACCAGCUCUAACUACAGUUAAUCAGUCAGGUAAAACCUUGAGGUGCCGAACAUAAUGUUGCAUCAAUAUAGCAUAAUUGAGUUAUGCGCUCUAUUUAGUUCCCUUUCAGUUAUAUCUGAUUCCAUCUGUGUGUCUCUUAUUUUCACAGGAACCUACCAUCACAAAUGCAUGUCUGAGUCGUCACACUUUGUACAUACAUGUACACUAUACGUAUUCUUCAGUCUCCUUCAAUCCUGUGUAAUGUGCACAUGCUUCAUGCAUCACACUGCAUACAGACUUUAACUCUGCCAUAUGCAAUGAACGUACUCAUAUUCCAUGUGUAACACUUUUUUUUAAAAAUCUGCACACACAAUUGGGUAUGAACACAUUUUCUCACAGUAUGUUGCUUUUAGUCAGUAAUUCAGCCAAAGAAUAUGAUUCGGAUGUAAUAUUUAUGAAGCUGCAUCAAAAAUAUCCCUUGCUCCUGGAUUUUUAUCCAAAGCUUAAAGGACAAUGACCAUUCUCCUAUCAGGAUCCAUUCUAGUCGACAGCAAAGUGCCAUGAGUGGGGUUGUCAGACCAACACUGAAUUUUGGUCUAGAUUGCAUCAAUGAAAUUAUCAGCAUUUAUGACAAAUAGGAUCCCUUGCAGGUGUGCCCCUCUAUCUCUGCAGAUAGGAUGUACUUUCAUGGCCAUUGUUGUUACUGCUGGAACUUUCUCCCAGAAAGUGCUUUGCUAUAGAUUUUGUGUGCAAGUUUAAAUAUAAUCAACUUUCUGCUACUGAACCAUUUUGCUGGACUUUGCAUUGGCCUAUUUCUUGUCCUGUCUCUAAUGUCUCAAAGUCUUUGACUAUCAUUCUCUUGCUAUUAAUUAAACCUAAAAGAAAUACAAACGUAGCAAUUGAGACAGUUUGCACUGCUAGCCCGAACUUUCUUAUUUCUCACAUUGGGAGAUGUCCCUGAUCUUAGUACCCCUUUGGGGCUGGCUCAUACUUGGUUACUCUGACUUGCAGAGUCUGUCUCUUCUAAUUGUGUUAGCUGUAUUUCCUGACUCUGUGGUUGCCGGUCUACCCACUGCUGUUCAGGAUUCCUUAUUCUGUUUUUGAAGUAGCCAUUUCUUCAUGUACGGAAACAAUGUAUCCUAAAAAUGGUCUGGUUUCUCUAUGAUGCUUUGCACCUUGGUUUGUUGAGUGACUGAGAUCCAAUGCUGCAAACUAUUUUAAACCAGGUUCCACAAAAAUGUAGCCAUAAAGUUGAGUAAAACUGAGUGCAGGACAUGGUUACUCUUGAAUAUACAGUCUUAAUAUUGAUUUUAUGGGAUUUACAUGGUAUUUAUUCAAACAAUUUGGCAGAACUUUUACCAUUUUGUAGAUUCAGUCCUCUGCUUAUAUUAAAGUUCUUGACUCAGCUUCAAUUCCAAGUAAUUGAUGCACUUGCUCCAGGCAUAAAACAGAUCGCAUUUAUAAUUAAACAACACACCUCUUGAAUCUUCAGACAAAGCUUUGCAAUAUGCAUCUACAGUUUUGGAGUUUUUAAUUUCUUUUGUCCCAUUGAAUUAUUUGAAGUUUAUAACAUAGAAGAGAGGUAGUUGACACCAAUCUCUGAAAAAUGAGGUUGAAAUGUGAAAAGACGAUGGGUCAGUUAAGAGUUAACUAAAAUGGAAGGAAAUAUUGUGGCAAACUCACACCAAAUUUUGUGAGGAUGAAUCUUUGUUGAAAAUGUGAUUUUUGGAUUGAGCUGCUUUAUUCUCCUUUGUGUUAUCUGUGUGGCUCGGCAGUGCGUCUGUUUGUAUUUCACUGAAAACCUUGAUCCAGAAUGCAGUUUGCUGUAUUCAUGUUGACUUUGCAAAGAUUUUUUGCAAACCAUUUUUUCUAUCAGAAAAUAUGUUUAUUUUUCACUGUUGCACUUUGAAUUCUCCUCACCAUACUUUGGAUUUUUGAUUUGAACUGUCAGCUAAAUAACUCUGCAUUUUACUCCUGCUCACUUUGCAGGAAAAACAGGCAACAUUCAUGAGCGUGCAUGUCACCUCUGAUAGUAUCAAUUUACAUUGUGUAACAUGCUGCCAAAAGAGAGAGAAUCUGACACUUAAGUUUUAAGAAUGUGUGAACUUUUGGUUGAAUUAUCCAUUUGUGUUAUAUUUUGAAAAUAUUUUGUCGAAAAUCUCCCAAUUUGCUUUCUGAAAUCACUGGGAGUUCGGUCAGUUCUGGUAAGUUCUAACUAACCCGGAAAGAUUGGCAAACCUAGUAGCUGGAAACUGGAAACCAAUAAUGGAAUGUUAGGAUUUUUAACAAACUUCUCACCUUGCCUUCAAUUAACCUCUUGGUCUCAUGCUAAUUCACUGUUCAAACCGGGUGAAUGGAAUGGUGCUGAACAUUCUUGAUGAUUUGUACCAUUCUGUUAUUUGUUUUAACUGCUAACAUAGAACAUAGAAAGUACAGCACGGAACAGGCCCUUAGGCCCACGAUAUUGUGCUGAGAUUUAAUCCUAAUGUAAAAUAUAGUAACUUAACCUACGUACCCCUCACCUCACUACUAUCCAUGUGCUUGUCCAGCAGUUGCUUAAAUGUCCCCAAUGAUUCUGCUUCCACCACCACAGCUGGCAACGCAUUCCACGCACACACUACUCUCUGCGUAAAGAACCUACCUCUGACGUCUCCUUCAAACUAUGACGUCUCGUACCAGUCAAUCCUGUCCUGGGGAAAAGUCUCUGGCUAUUGACUCUAUCUAUUCCUCUCAUUAUUUUGUACACCUCAAUCAGGUCCCCUCUCCAGAGAGAAAAGUCCAAGCUUAUUCAACCUUUCUUCAUAAGGCAAGCCCUCCAGUCCAGACAGCAUCCUAUUAAACCACCUUUGCACAUUCUCCAAAGCCUCUGUAUCUUUACUAUAGUAUAGCGACCAUUACUGUCCACAAUAUUCCAAGUGUGGUCUCAUUAGGGACUUGUAGAGCUGCAGCAAAACCUCGCGGCUCUUAAACUCAAUCCCCCUGUUAAUGAAAGCCAAAACACACUCUGCUUUCUGAACAACCUUAUCCACUUGGGUGGAAACUUUGAGGGAUCUAUGUACUUGCACACCCUCUGUUCCUCCACACUGCCAAGAAUCCUGCCUUUAAUCCUAUAUUCAGCAUUCAAGUUCAACCUUCCAAAAUGCAUCACUUCACGUUUAUCCGGGUUGAACUCAUCUGCCAUUUCUCAGCCCAGCUCUGCUACUCUUGUCCUGUUGUAAAUUUCUUAAUUGUCCCAAGUCCAUAAUUGUAGGUGCCUUUAAUUUGAGCUUAAGCUUUAUUUUGGCCUUUUAACUAAAAUAUUUAUAAACAUCGUACUACUAAAAACUGACCUCUUGAAUAUGUUGAACAAUUGAGAAAAUUGCAAUCUUGGGACUGUUGCACUGAAAGAAGAAAUGUAUUGUUACAAACAGUAAAUUUAUUAUUCAUCUAUCAUCUUAUUAAUACCAAGCUUUCCAAACUGCAUAGUAUUCUGGCCUAUCACUCAUCUGGAGAAUGGUGAUGUGCUGAUACUUCAUUUACAAGCUACAAUUGUUUCUUUAUCUGGUAGUUUGAAAAUACUUUAAAUAAAAAGUAUUGCCAUUGCUAUUUUAUGUGCGUCAUAUAUGGCCAAAAUUAGUAAAUUUUACCUAAAUUAGUGGCACUUUAAUGAGCGCAGUCACUUAAAAAAAGCAUUCUGAAGGAGGGUCACUAGAUCUAAAACUUAACUGAUUUCUAUCCACAAAUGCUCCCAGAUUUGAGAUUUUCCAGCAAUUUGUUUUUGUUUCUGAUUUCCAGCAUUUGCAACUCUUGAUCUUUUUUAAUUACCUAAAUUACCUUUGAUUUUUGAGUCUAAUUCACCUUCAGACAGAUAAUCAGGUUUUAAAAAAGUCAUAAUCCUAACUUUGUGAGCUUCAGUUUGUACAUUUUGAAAGAAGGGUGACUGUACUUUGGGAGUAAGAAUUCUUGUCACCUUUUGUCAAAUUGAUCAACUUGUUAGGUAUAAAAUAGAAUUGUUAUUGCCCUACUGGAAAAAUAGUCAUUCACUCUGUUUUCCAAAAAAAAAAUUCAGUGCAAUAAUUAUUUAUUGCGUGGUCAUUUAUACUUUCCAAUGAAUCAUGAACCACAAUCUGUUUGCAAGACAAUGUGUUCAUUAUUUAACUUUUGAGCUCAGCUGCCAAUCCAAAACAAAAUUUCUCAAAGUACUUGUUGGAAGCUAUUUCAACAUUGCCUUUUAUUUGUUAUAAACUUUGUUUCUUUUUGGACUUCUAUGUUGAGUGGAAUUUCGUUUGGAAGAAUUGAUGUAAUUUAUAUAAAACUAAAUGAACUGAAAAAGCUUAAUCUUGGCCAAGUGCAGCAUCCAGUGGUACUCACAGCUGAAGGAAUUUUACUCCAAUCUUUCCUGUGCUGUUGCUCCUUAUACAUCACUGCGGUAACUUUAAUGCAAGUUAUUAUACUGGUAAUUGCAGCUUUGUAUAACAUCCAGGCUGUCUCUAGGACCACAAGAUCCAAUUUUGAGGUUGUUCAGAUAAAAGUUAUUAAAUAAUUAUCAAGGUCAUUUAGAGGCCUGGAGGAGAGAAAAAAAACUAAUUGUGACUUCUAAUACAAAUUGUUCAUUUGUCCUUAACAAUCCUUAUAUGCUAUACUGUCCAGCACCUACACUCUAAUCACCCCUUCUCUCUCACUCCUUGAUCUGUGUAAGUGUCACAGUCCAAGUGGUAAGGGUUCAGUAAACUGACUAGCACCAACAACAUACAACUUGCUUGAAAUUUAAAGUAUAAUAUGAAACUAUAUUCUUCACUACAGAUAUUUAUAUUUGGAGGGGAGACCAAUUUGUCAAAAUGAUUCUUCUUUUUCCUUCCUCUGCUUCCCACUCCCAUUGAGCUUCUUCCACAGUAUCAAAGAUUAUAUUUGUGCUUGUGUAUAGCUUUAUUCUUAACCAAAACAGUGCCUUGUUUUCCAGGGAAAGCUCACAUAAACUGAAGGGAUACAGUGAUUCUGGUCCUGGAUAUUGCCAGCCAAAAUUGUAUCUCAAUUACUCAGUUACCUUUUAAUGAUGUAAUCUUUGCAACAUUGCACACUGCUUUAUUGUACAGUUUACACAAGUAUCGAAUGAUGCAUGCAGCGUUUUAAAUCAAAAAUUUGCAUCACGUCAGUGGACUUAUCAGCUCGGCGUUUAGACUUGAUUCUUCAGGUGAGCCGUCUUCCUCUAGUUGGAGCUUUGAUGGCUAUCCUUGACCACCGUUUUAAAAAUCUUGACACCAGGUUAUAGUCCAACAGGUUUGUUUGGAAAUACUAGCUUUCAGAGCACUGCUCCUUCAGGUAACAAGUGGGGCAGGGUCACAGUGUCAGAUCUCCUGCGAUAGCUAAUGCUAGAUGUCUUGCUAGGUUAAUAGAGAUCCCAUUUUGUCCAACCAUUGCAUGAUUAGUGAUUUAGCUGUUUGUCAUGUGUCACUCAACUUCACUCCAUGUUAAACCACUUGACACCAUUUUUCAUGCUUUAGUACAUGAUUAGAAUCCCUAGGCACCCCCACCUCGCUUUAAUGUGUGCAGACCCUCCACUUCAAAUUUGUCCUGUUUUUCUCUUUAACUGCCUCAGCAGUGGUUCAAUCACUUUAGAAUCCGUCCUGUGGAAUUUGCCACUUUUAUUUGCUAUGUUAUUUUAAAGAGAGGCUUUCAAGAGGCUUUUCGAAACUUCUGAGUUUGUAUGUUAUGGCUUUUAUUUUACAGCUUUAACUCAUUGUCUAAAAUGGUCAACCCAUAAUCUAAUUCAACGCUGUGACUUAUGCUUCUUUUGCUUUUUCAGUCAUGAGCAGUGAAUACUAUCGGGUUUAUUUUUAAAAGUGAAGUCAGUUGAUGUUUACAGUCAGUUUUGCAAACAUUUGCACUUGGAAUUAAUUAUGCAGAAUGUUUUUAUUUGAAUAAUGCUUGAGUUUCAACUCUCCUUUCCAGAAGGACCAAAGUAAACAAUUAGAAUAACUUUUAUGAAAAAAAUC